GUCGAGUAGUUUCAAUUAUUUUAUACUCCGCAGACGGCGUAACCUCAAUUUUUUCCGCGGUGGCGUUUUAUAAUUUGAAAUUUGAAAUAAAUCGUAUUGUGAUUAAUAUUUCUCAGUCUUUAAAGUUAUAGCCCAUAGGUUACUACGUCAAUCAAUACUGACUGUUGUGUAUAAUAUUAUUAUUUUGGUUCUGAAUAAUCUUUAGUCGGAUACGUUUUCGGUAAGAUAAACAGUAAAAAUACCAUUUGUCUUAGCGUCACCGAUUUCGGUUGAAGUAAACCAUCUACAACAAAUAAUAGGAAUGGAUGAAAAUGAUCUACAACAUUUGCCAUGUGAAGGUGGUCAAAAAAAGAAAUUUAAAAGAUGUAAAUCAAAAAAAAUUAAAAAUAGCUCUCACACGGCAGAAGUAAUUGGGGUCCUGCAAUCAUUACUCAUAGAUAAAGCGUUUUGCGACGUUAAGUUGGAAACAGAUGAUGGUACAGUAAUUCAUGGACAUAAAUUGAUUUUAAUGUCAGCUAGUCCAUAUUUCAGGAUAAUGUUCAAUAGCUUUGAAGAAACGGAUAAAGAUCAUGUAGUUAUAAAAGGAAUAAGCUCAACCAUUUUGAAACUCUUAAUAAAUUAUAUUUACAGUGGAGAAAUAAUUUUGAACGAAGAGAAUGUAAAGGAUGUGUUAGCAGCUGCAGAUCUCAUGAAGUUAUUCUACAUAAGAAUCGCAUAUGAAAAGUUUCUACAAACAUAGUUAAAUGUCUGAUAUAAAUGUCAAUAUAUGGUUUUUAGAAAAAUGUUGAAUAUAAAGACAUUUAUUUAAGCCAGGUAGUUUAUUUUUACAAUAUUUUGAACUCAUUAGUUUUGUUAAUUAAAAAUUAUCCAUUUGUAAAAAUAAACAUUUUAAAUUCAAUAAUUAUUAAACAGGUACCUAGUAGGUACCUACUUGUUAAAAUUUUUUUUUUUAAAUUAUUAUUCUUCAAAUUCGAUUGUUACAAAUUAGACAUUUUAAUAUGGACGUAAAUAGGGUCCUCAAAUGCAUAUAGGGCUUCAGCCCAGAAAUUCAAGAACAAAAAUAGUGGGAGACUUGUCUUCCGCCCACUAUUAUUACCUAUACACAAUUUUAUCUAUUUAUCUAUGAUACGAUAGUUAUUCAAAACUAUCACAAAUUAAAUUUAAAUUUAUUAAUUGAAUUAUUCAGUGGUCGGGACACUAUUGGUUUUUUUGAAGCUCUCUAAUAUUCCAGAUACUACUCUAAAAAAGGAGAUCGCCUGUCGCUGUCACUACUUUUACGCAAUUUUUUUUUUAAACGUUCCAAUAGAAAAUUUACUACUGACUCAACAUAAUAUGUAAUAUAUAAAUAUAUUCAAACAUAAAUAUGUAGAAACAUUUUCAAAUACCUCACCCAAACGUCUGCAAUUAUUAAACUGGACAAAAUAAAAAUAAAAUUUUAAUUCAUUUACAAAGCUCCCCUCCCAUUCUCCCCAUUAAAAAAUCCCGCGUACGCCACUGAAUACUAGUAUUUUUUAUAAUCAAUGGUGUUACUUUAGCAUCGCUACAAUUAACGCGCUACUUCUGACUAUUGGAAUUAUUGUAUAAAUGUAUACAGUUUUAUACAGUUAUAAAAUAUAUGUAACUAGUUAUGUUAUAA